AAGUUUGGCUUAUUCGCCGCUUAUUUGUUACUUUGAAUGUCGGUCGUCGCACACUCUCCAGAGGUACGAGGCGAGGUUUUCGGCCAGAGUAAAAUGCGGAAGCUACGGAAACAGAGAGAUAUCGUGAAGAACCCUCAUGCGUGGAUUAAUGGAGCGCUACAGCCUCCUACGAGGAAGUCCGGCAAGUUCCCAAAGCAUCCUAUAGCAUGCGAGGAUGGUGGGGUACGUAACUUCGACUGGAAGCACUUCGUUUGUAAUCUAGAGGAUGAGGCCACAUGCCAGGACUUGAUUGGCUGCGGAAUCAUUGACUGUUCUUGUAAAAAUCGUGGUGGACAAUUACGUCCGGUGUUGGAGCGGGCUGACGGGUCUGAAGUUGUCUUGUUGGGUAUGUGCUAUCUGGUGAAUCAAGAAGACGAGUUGAAGCAUGUUAUUGCCAACUCGGCAACUGUAAUGACUUGCUAUACGGAGGCACUGAGGGAACUCGAGAAGCACAUCAAGAAGUUGUCUAAGUUGACUGAAGGACGAUUAUCGACCCGCGAUAUCAUCCACGGGUUAUUAUUGCGAUUUUCUCAACAUCUCUUUGGUGUGGCCAACAUUGACAUAAUAUGCUCUCAUCGUGUCACGGAGUUGAAGUAUAUGCCUAGAAAACGUGGCUCUAAACUAACUAUUGCGAAGAAGGCUCUGGUCGAUCAAUGGCGAGACUUUGUGGCAGAUGAAGUAUGUGAUGAGCAGACUGUAUCGAUCGCCGAGAAAUUGGCUUCGGAUCCCGGUGAAGGGAAGUCACUGGUAGCGGCGAAGAAGUUGAGGCUCAGAGCACUGAUUAUAAGAAAGUCGGAGUAUUGAAAUGCGACGACGCUGUAGAAGUAUCUGACCCUCUAGUAUUACUCCCCACCCCUGCAGGAGGUUUGAUGCUUCGGGUAAGCGAUGACAUUACAUCAGAUCAUAGAUCAUUCGGGUACCUUCCUGAAUGUGCUCCGAUAUUCAGGC